GCCCUCCAUUUUUUCUAAUAAGCCCCAUUCCUUAGCCUAGGGUUUGAUGCUUUGCGGCUAGGGUGUGCCCGUCUGGUCGUGGCUCGCUCCGCCGGCGCUCUCGCAGGAUGUCGCUCCGGCCGCAAGCUCGCACUGAGGUGAGAAAGAAAGGAUACAAGAAUGCCGUCGAUCCGGAUGAGGCGCGCCGGAAGCGCGAGGACAACAUGGUGGAGAUCCGCAAGAACAAGCGCGACGAGAAUCUCAUGAAGAAGCGGCGAGAGGGCAUGCAGCCGCAGCACUUUAUGACGCCCGGAUCGAUCGUGGAGAGAAAGGUAUGCGCGUCUCUGGAUUGGGGCGAGGGUGAUUUGAUUCACUGGUGGUGUGAUUUCCUUCAGCUGGAGAGCUUGCCCGUGAUGGUGAGCGGUGUCUGGUCUGACGAUCCCAACUUGCAAGUCGAGGCGACGACCCAGUUCCGGAAGCUACUGUCAAUUGAGCGAAGGCCUCCGAUCGAAGAGGUCAUCAAGGCAGGCGUGGUUCCUCGAUUUGUAGAGUUUUUGAAGCGCCACGAUUUCCACCAGCUUCAGUUCGAAGCUGCCUGGGCUCUUACAAAUAUUGCGUCCGGCACUUCCGAUCACACGACGGUGGUUAUAAACCAUGGAGCUGUGCCUAUCUUCGUGCAGCUUCUUUCAUCUCCCAGUGAGGAUGUCCGCGAGCAGGCAGUAUGGGCUCUUGGCAAUGUCGCUGGCGACUCUCCGAAGUGCCGAGAUCUCGUCUUGAAUAGCAAUGCCAUGAUGCCUUUGCUAGCACAGCUGAACGAGAAUGCGAAGCUGUCUAUGCUGCGCAACGCAACGUGGACGCUAUCAAACUUUUGUCGUGGCAAGCCGCAGCCGAACUUUGAGCAGUCGAGACCUGCUUUAUCUGCUCUAGAAAAGCUGAUUCAUUCGACUGACGAAGAAGUCCUUACUGAUGCAUGCUGGGCUUUGUCAUACAUAUCCGAUGGUACAAACGAUAAGAUUCAAGCUGUCAUUGAGGCCGGUGUGUGUCCACGUCUUGUGAGUCUACUCAUGUAUCCUUCACCGAAUGUUCUCAUUCCUGCUCUUCGUACGGUGGGAAACAUUGUGACUGGUGACGAUGUCCAAACGCAGUUUAUCAUAAACAAUGGAGCGCUGCCAUAUUUGUUACAUCUUCUUACCAAUGUUUACAAGAAGAGCAUAAAAAAGGAGGCUUGCUGGACAAUCUCGAACAUCACUGCCGGCAACAAGGACCAAAUUCAGGCCGUCAUUGAAGCCAACAUCAUUCCGCCUCUCGUGGAACUUCUUGCCAACGCAGAGUUUGACAUAAAGAAAGAGGCAGCGUGGGCUAUUUCCAAUGCAACCUCUGGCGGUACACAUGAACAAAUCAAGUAUCUCGUGAACCAGGGAUGCAUCAAGCCUCUGUGCGACCUUCUCAACUGUUCCGAUGCCAAGAUCAUUGUGGUGGCCUUGGAGGGCCUAGAAAACAUCCUCAAGGUCGGCGAGACGGAGAAGGACCUGGGAAACACUGGCUCCAUCAACAUCUACGCUAAGUUCAUCGACGAGGCGGAGGGCCUGGAGAAGAUCGAGAAGCUGCAAACCCACGACAACAACGAGAUAUAUGACAAGGUGAUCAAGAUCCUCAACAGCUACUGGGUGGAGGAGGACGAGGAGAACGUCGCUCCAGGUGUAGCUCCGGCCCCCGGACCAUUUGCAUUCGGGAAUCAGCCUACUGUGCCAAGCGGUGGCUUUAAUUUCGGUUGAGAAGAACAUCAUCGAGUCGGGAGAAGAGAUUUACUUGGUCCGCGAUGUGAGCAGCAUCCGCGAUCUGUGGCAGACGAAGCUGUGCUGGUGUAAAGUCGAGUUGAGUUUGAGCUAGUCGAUGGUCGACAAGCUUUUUGCAGACCCACCGGGGGAAGGAGAGGGUCUUGUAGAACAGCAGCAAGCUCUUGCUGUCAAAGCAACGUCUCGUAUUUGAGACGGUGCUCUUGUCUUUGUUUAGCCGGACGUGCUAAGUGCGGUGGUCGUUGUUGUGGCGGUGGCGUCUCCUCCUUUGUCCGAGGAUCGUCAUCGCUGCUACUAUUACAAGGAGUGGAUUUUGGGUUAUAAAAGAGUCUAUUACAAAUUCGAUGUAUGCAAGGAUUUAAAUGAAUGAAUGCAUGAAUGAGUUGAAUGUC